AUGAUAAAAACAAGGCCUUUUGUAAGUUCUGCAGAUAACAUCGAUACUAUUGAGUUGAUAAAACUGUGUGUAUGAUGAUAACUCCGUUGGACAUCUUAUCAAUUGAAUCGUGGCUUCUGAUUGCAAGCAUAGCUUUACUUAUCAGGUAUUAUUUGAAUCGAAAAUGGAGCUAUUUUGAAAAACUCAACAUUCCCUAUGAUCCACCAUCUUUCUUCAAACUUGGAAGCCUCUUGACUGCUUUCAGCAAAGAUAAAGCAUUUGAAUACGACAACGACUGUAAGAAGAAGUACGGUAAUAUAUGGGGGGUAUUCGUAGGAGUAUCACCCAGUUUAACAAUCCAUGAUCCUGAUAUUUUGAGACAAAUUUUCAUUAAGGAGUUUCAAACAUUUCCAGACAGACAGAAAAAUUUGCUUAAAAUAAAUGGAAAAGAAUUGAACAACGGAUUAACCGCAGUCCAGGGAAAUCAAUGGAAACGAAUAAGAACGACAAUGACACCAACGUUUUCAACUUCAAAACUGAAGCAAAUGUGUGGUAUAAUAGAAUGGUGUGCUGGCAAUACUGUUGAUGCACUGAACCGAAAAGUUGAGAGUAACAAUGGGGUUUUCAAUUCAAAGGAAAUCUUUUCCCGCCUUUCAUUGGAUAUAGUAUGCUCAGCAGCAUUUAGCACCAAAAUUCACUCGCAAGAUGACAGAGUUGAAGAGCCAGAAGCUGCAAAAAAUGCCAAAAAAUUGUUUUCCGGAACAAUAUUCAGCCCCCUGAUCAUAUUGCUUCUUAUUUUUCCAUCUCUGGAAAAAAUAGUUUUAAAAUUCAACAUUGCAUUGUUUGGAAGUGGUGGGUUAGAAUACUUCAAAAAACUAACACAUCACCUAAUAAAGCAACGAGAGGAAAAUCCACAUGAACAUACUAGAGUAGAUCUUAUGCAACUGAUGUUGGAUGCUAGAGUAUCCGAAGAAAAAAUAAAAGAAGGUGCAGAAAAAGGCAUGACAAAUAUCGAAAUCGUUGGAAAUUCAAUUUUAAUGAUUUUGGCUGGUUACGAAAAUACUGGAAAUACAAUGAGCUGGACAGCUUAUAAUUUAGCUCAACAUCCGGAAAUACAGGUCAAAGUUCAAGAGGAAAUCGAUGAAAUGAUGAAAGUUCAGGGCAAGUUUGACUACGAAAGUGUGACAAAAUUGAAGUUGUUGGACAUGUGCAUCAACGAAACGCUCCGACUUUACAUGCCGAUUUUAAAAAAUGCUCGUUUCUGUGAAAAAGAAAUCACUAUCAAUGGCUUAACAAUUCCAAAAGGUAUACCGAUAAAUGUACCAACGUUUGGACUAGCACAUGAUCCUGAAUAUUGGGAUGAACCUUACGAAUUUAAACCUGAAAGGAUGCGGGACAUGAGCCAAAUUGACCCAAUGGUUUAUCAGCCGUUUGGGGCAGGACCACGUAAUUGUAUUGGGAUGAGAUUUGCUUUGAUGGAAAUUAAAAUGUCUCUAGCAAAACUUCUGCAUAAAUUUACUUUCAAACCUGCUGAAAAUACACCGGCACCUCCUCUGAAGUUAAAAUUUGGCAUAUCUGUGCGUUCUGAGGUUGAUUUCAACUUAAUCGCCAUACCUCGUGAUUCUGUUGCCACAUAACUGCACUUGAGCUAAUUCUGUUAUUGCUUGAUUGGCAGAAUUUGCCGACUUUAGCUUUGUAUUAAACCUAAUUUCUUAUUGGUAUCACCAUCAUCAUUUGUAACUCUUUACUGAACCUAUAUAUACUAUAUAUAUGUUUUCUUACUGCAGUAUAAAUGUAAUAUUUGUUAGUGUAAACUGGGAAUAAUUAAAAAUGAUUACGAAAUCAUCGUUUGGCAUUGCUAUCGUUUUGUUUUGCAAGGCACUUUUGCAGAAUCUAUGUCUUUGUUAUGAUUCUUUUAUCCAUGUUGACAUGUUCUGCGACAAAGGUUCCAACAGUAGUGAUAAACCGACAAUGGAG